GCUUGCACAAUUUCCCAGGCGGCCGUGCAUGCACCUGUGUUGCAGGAAGCCGCAUAACACAACUAUUCAUACCCGCAUGUACUUCCUGACGGCAUCACAUACUAGUGCUGCUGUGAAAUACACCAGCACCACCACCCGACGUUUUGACCCACGAUGAGCUGGCUCUCAAAGCUAACGAGCGCCGAAGGUGCAGCUGCACUCCUGCAACAGGCAGUGUCUAAGGUCGAAAGUCAAAUCGACAAAGUUUUGGACAUUCCGCAACCACAGGGUGGUACCGCACCGCCGCAGACUCAGGAACCUGUUAGACCCGAGAAUGUACCGUCACCAUUUCCGCGUCGAGCACCAAAGCGUUCCACGUCGUCAAACGCUCCGAAAAGUGGGACGAGUACUCCACAGCAGGGUUCCCCUCGGCAGUCGAGAGGACAGGGUUCACGUAGUUCCAGUCCAACACCAAAAGACCCGGAACGGGGAGCGAAGAACAGAUCAAGUUCCCCACUAAAGGAUGGGAAGUCUAUAGAACCCGAUCCUCUCGCCACUGGGAUAUCGCCAAAUGAGGCUACUCUCAUUGAUAUCACCGAUGGGACAACUACAGUCCCUGAGCUCAAUGGCGCGGAGAAGGAAGGAUCAGACCUGGACGCGAGCGCAAGCAGUUUGGAGGCCACCCAAGGCUUGCCAAAUCGCAGUGAAGCCAGUCAUUCGUCCCUCGUAGGGAUCUCAUCGGCAGCGAAUCCACUACCAGAAGCAGAUCCAACACCAGAGGCGGAAAGCUUGCUGGAUCUUCAAAAUGACAGCAUCCAGUUGCCUGCGAUCUCCAUGACAGCUGCCACGAAGCCCUUGGUCCCAGAGAGAGAGGUCCUGGAGAAAGGCGUCGCUGUUCCAACAAUAGAACCAGUCCCCGAGGGUGAUGUAUCCCAGUCCACGGCGGAAGCAGAUGACUCUGCGAAUCCCGCGACGGUGGAAGAUCUCAAGUCAGAGGGCGCCAAGCAACCGGUGACAGCACCAGAAGGACGCUCUCCUUCGAAAAGCGAGCCAGCAUCUGCAUCCACGUCUCACUUGCAAACAUUGAUCGAGCGUCGAGAAGAACAACUAAUGAAGUCAAUGCAAGAGAACGCAUCACUGAUCGAUACUGUUAGCGCGCUGAAACGCCAAAUGGAGACCUUGGAGAAUCAGCGCGCAUCUGAGCAGCAGGAAGCUGAGAACAGGAUCGACGAUUUGGAAAAUCAACUCAAGGCAGCCAAAGAGGAAGCCGCCAGAGCACAGGAACUGUCGUCGUCACAAUCAAGUUUGCAAAGUUCCCUGGAUGAAACCUUGAAGAAGCUGGGUCAGAAGGAGGACAUGGUUGCGCAGCUGUUGUCAGAAGGAGAACGUCUGUCGAAAGCUGAAUUGAAGUUGAAUACUACGAUCAAAAGGCUUCGCGCCGAAAAAGGUGACCUCGAUAAGCAAUUGAAGGACGAGAGCGACAAACUAGAAAAGGCCCAAGCGGAAAUCACAUCGCUAAAAUCCAAAGUCAGCGAUGUUGCAGACAACGAGAGGAAAAUCAACGUUAACGUCCGAUCGCUGGCAGAGGCGGGGGAUCGGCAACUCAAGGAAAUCAAGCGGCUACAAGGCGAACUGGAGACCCUCCGAGCCACAACUGGAGAGCUGCAAAGUGAUCUGGACCGAACAAAGUCAAAGCUACUAGAGGCCGAAAGGGUAGCCACUGAGGCCUCCUCUGCGGCGCAGUCCGAUGCUUUGGAAGCGCAAGCUCGGGAGACGGCGAACCUCAAAGCUGAGCUGGCGUUGGCAAAGAAGGAGAACGAAGCUUUGCAGACAUCCUUGUCAGAAGAAGUGCAGAACCUGCGAAUGACUCUGGCGCAGAAGGAAGACGAAGCCGGAUGGAAGGAGGAUACCCUGCAUAGAGAGAUUGCUGGCCUACAGCGUCGGUUGCAGGAAGUAGAGGCCCAGAGCCAUAUACUUGCGUCAGUGAGCGAAGAGUCUUCCGCCCCGUUACUUCGUCAAAUAGAAACCCUACAGUCCCAACAUGCCGCAUCCUUGCGCAAGUGGGAGCAGAUAGAGCGGCAGCUGACCGCCCAAUACCAGGAUGCGGAUGCCGAGCGGAAGCGGGCACUGGAGUCAGAGCGACAACACGUUGCAAAGCUGGCAUCGCUGACAAGCGCGAUCGGAUCCCUGCAAGAGCAGUUAGAAACGGAACGUAUAAACUUGCAGUCUCAUGAACAAGCACAUAAGGACAAAGAUAACGAGAUUGCGCAACUUCAGUCGGCAGCAAACAAACUGAAUGGCCGUAUUGCGGAACUGGAAACGAGCCACCAGCUGUUACAAGAUCUAGCCACCGAAACCGAAGCAAGACUACGGAAAGAGCUAGACAAUGAGCGCAAGAAACUUGCCGAGCUGCAAGAGUCCCUUGCAACCGUCCGGCCUCCGCUACCACCAGCAGACGUAGCCAAGCAGCUCCCCCCGCUAACCAUCGAGAUACCCAAGGGCCGAAUCACGCCCGAUGAAAGCCGCAGGCCCUCCAUGUCAACACAAUCCUUGUUCUCCGAGUCGGCAAGCGUCGCGGCCGUCGCGCCCCCGAGUGCAGGCAUUCCCGGCGCGUUCAGCUCCGCGGCGAUCAUCGAGCGCCUACAAAGCACCGUGCGGAAUUAUGAAGGGCAGCUCGCAUCCCUGCGUACCCAAUUACAGAUGGCGGAGCAAGGGCGGAAUGAUUUGGCAGAGGAGCUUGUCAAGGUUACGAGUGAGAUCGAGAUCGGGCGGGCUGGGGAAGCUGUCCAGCAGGAAAAGGAGGAGCUCAACAGGAGGUACCUGGCAGCGCUGGAGCUCUUGGGGGAGAAGACCGAACUGGUCGAGGAGCUCCGUGCAGAUAUCAAUGAUAUGAAGAGUAUUUUUAGACAACAGAUCACUGAGCUGACUGUCGAGAUGGAAGCAAUGAAGAAGGCACGCACUUGAAAAUGGAGCAGGCUAAUCCUCGUUUCUGUCUAAAAUAUAUACGGGGCCGGUGGUGUAUCAUCACGGACAGGACUCUGCAUUAAUCAUCUGUACACACCACUUCUAUGCUGUUGGCCACCCGCAACCAAGUUUCCCAGAGGAUUAU